CACGCCGAGCGCAGAAAACAGUGUUGCCUGAAAACGACAACGCCGGUCCAAAUUUUGCGCGAUUCUUCCGGAUAGUGUUUUCCGGUGGUAAAGUGUAGUGGCUGUUCGGAAAUCGGAUCCCUACGGACGGAAAAGAUCACUCCAUUAUAGUGCGUGGCUGUAUCUCCGCCAGAAGCGGCAAAGCAGUAUGGCUUUCAACGACAGUCAGACUAUCCUACGAGAUAUUGAUCAAAAUCAGCCCAAUGUGAAUGCCAAGUUUGAUGCCAAUUUUUUCUCACAAUCUAAUACCGGCACCAAGAGAAAGCUGACGAUCACGUACGGGGGAGGUAAACAGUUAAAGCUGGAUUCUACUCCCAACAUACUCCAACUUCCCAAACCAGCCACCGAACCAAGAAUGGACGCCAACCUUGCAGGGAUUGGUGCUUUGCCUGAUGAAGGAAUUCCGAUUACGAGCACUCCAGUGAUCUCACAAACCACCACCCUCACCAGGAAGAAGAUAACUUUCCUUGAACCAGGAUGUGAAAUGGUAACUAUCGAUGCCACGCCGAUCGUACAAACGUCCACCGUCCUUGCGCAACCGGCUUUUGGAGCUGAAGUGAACGUUAGUGUAACGCAGAAUGAGAAUACACCAUCUAACGGUACCGAUUGCUCACAACCCAACACCACUGAGAAGAGUACGACGUACGUUAUGUUAGCCUUCAAAAAGGUUGACCUGAAUGGCGUUCAAUCUUUGCAAACUGAUAGCACCAACAAGCCAGCUUCUAAACCUAAUCAUACUCAUGGUACCGAAUCACCAUUUCCUAUCAAUUCGAAUGCUAAUCUACUCUCCACAUCGACUAUUCCUGACAAAUCAUCUACAACUCCCGCACAGCACAAAACUUAUUCCAUCAGUUCCAACCCAGAUCCGGAAAACGCCGCCCGACAUAAGGAGAUUAUCGAUGCUCUACAUACUCUGACAGAAUGGGUUAUUGAACUAGCUACACACAUGGAAAAGGAUCUAGCGCUCCUGAUGGAGGACGUGAAAGAAAUACGCUCUAUCAUUACCACCACAAGAGCGGAGGAAAAUGAACAUCACAGUAACAUCUUCUGAAGGACACCCUUCACUCGGAAGGAGGUACUUUUUCACUGACCAGCUUAGCUAGUGUAACAAUCAACUAAUCUAAACGCGAUCGAGAUUGUGAGAACGCCAGAGAUAUUUAAUUGCCAGAUAAUGGUUUGGAGUCGAUUGUCAUGUGCUCUAUCCAUUUACAAAACUUACAAGCUAAUCUCGUCCUCACUGCUUUAUCCAAUCAGUUUGACCACAGAAACAUUCGCAUCAUUCUCUGCGCUCAGAUGCACCUUGGAUGAAAUCGUGAUCGAUUGUCUGUGACACACAGUUUAGUACAGCAAAUUGAGCAGUUAAUUUACUAUGCGUAGAAAAUAGAUAGAUACAGAGGCUUACCAAUUUUUCAAUCACACAAAGAACAUCUACGUUUGCAAUAAAAAAAAAAAAAAAAAAAAAAAAACGUUGGGUCGUGUGUCACUGAGUGAACCAUCUGAGGGGGCAAAGAUUUAUCAAGCUCGUUUUUCAACAUUUAUCAUCUUUUUUUAUUGAAUUUAUUUUUUUCUAAUUGUUUGAGGAAUGCGUUUAAACAGGAUAAGUGUAACUAAGCCAGCAUUAGACCAGACCCACGUUACGCUUAUUAAAAAAUAAACAUUUUUUUCUAUCAACACUAAAGCAAUAAUAUAAAAUCCUUUCAAAGCAGUUUCGAAUCCUUCCACCUACGACUGCAUCCUAUUUGGAACAUGUUCCAGACUCCACUCCUCUAUACCCUUUCCACAUUUCGCUGCUUUGAUUGUUAGCCGAACUUAGGAUGGUAGUAAAGCAUUUUGUCUUUGCCAUAUUGCCAAAUUAUCCGUAAAGCCCAAAAGAAUUGGAAAGAUAUGACCACCUUUCGGAGCCACGUUGAGCAGAAAACAGUAGCGUCCGUCCCCGGUAAGCUUUAAACGGUCUCGAUAGCAUGCUCGAGACUCUCACCUAACAUUGCUCAUGCUUACCCUCAACACAAGUAUCAGCUUCCCUGGCAUCCAUACUGCUAUAAAAUGUCCCAUAGCUCAUUUCGGUCUUUGGUGUAGCAGGUCUCAUUCAAUUUUUUUUUAGACAAAGACCAAUGCAGAUAGGGUCGUAAGUCAGUAAAAAAAUGGUCGGGCUUCUGCCUGUGUAAGCAGUACGGCUCCUAAGUUAGUAGAGUUCAUCUAAAAUAUCAAGUAUAAUAAUCAGUAAUAACAUCAAAGUAUC